UUCCUAAACUAGGUAGGCAGAAGUCUAUUAGCAGAGUGCGCAUGGGCAGGGCCUGACAGGUGUGUUGUGUCAAGAAAGACAGGUGCAAAUUUCCUCUGUGUCUAUGUGUCUGUGUGUUCCAGACCACAAGGCUUGCUUGAGGGUUGUAGAGGUUUAUGAAUUUAUGGUCGUCCUGGUUAAUAGGAUUGUCUGGGCUAAUGGGAAUUGGGCUGUUGUUGUGUUUUUAGCCCUGUCCUGUGAGUUCUUUGGGAAGGGAUGGGGGCAAGUCUGUAUGUAUUUGUUUAUUUUUCUUAAGGACGUUGGCAGGCUGCUGCUGAGGCCAUGUUUCAGGCUUCUGUCUGCCAGUGGCCAAAAGCACCCCCACUUCAGGCAGCAGGUGGAGAGAGAUUGACUUUCCCUUUGCUUCCCUCCAGUUUAUGCCUGUCUCCCAGGUCUGUGCUUGGCAGAGAGAGAGAGAGAAGUCCUUUGUGUGUGUGUGUGUGUGUGUGUGUGGGACAGAGAUGGGUGUGUGUAACUGCCAAAAAUACCAACGUCAGUUUGAAAGUGUUACUGGUGUUAAAGCUUAUCUUUUUAGCCUGCUUUCUCCCUGUCCAGAAAGAAUAGGUAUGUGAAUAAACUUUUAAGUCAUAUGUUAAAUACUGUCAUAAAGUAGAAUUCACUUGUCAUUGUACCAGAUAUGUGCCACAUGUCCUAGAUAUGACUUUGAUGGAGAAGAAAAAUCUCAAGUACAUGAGAGGUAACUGUGCUUUUCUAUUUGAUGCAAGAUUCAGGCGGCCAGUUCUAUGAAGAGUUGCUUGCAAGAACUUCUGAGUAUUUUCAAAAUGAAAUAGACUGUGUGUGGUGAGGAAGAAAAAGGAGAGUGUUCUAGUUAACCUACUCAUGGAUAUGUUUAUAUAAUGGUAAACAGAUGAAUUUAAGGACUGCAGAUUGAUGUGUGAGGGAGGAUUGGGGGAAUUCAAUGUGAGGACUCUGUGGAUUCUUAAAAUUUGACCUUUUAAAUUUUUGCAUUAAACAGGCUCCUUCUUUAAAUUAAGUUGCAUAGAAAUAGGUUAGAUGAUAAAUGGUUUUUCUUGGCUUGUUUUGUUGUUUGGGUGGUUAACAUUGUUUCCAUGAAAAUAAGAUAGUAUGUGUCAUUUAUUCUUUAAACUUAAGCAUCAAAGCCACCCCUCCAUACUUUCCUUGGAUGCUUUUGAAGUUCUUUUGUAAUUAAAAUGUCAUCUAUGGCUAUGUUCAUUUACUUUAUUUUUAAUAGGGAUUAUCUGUGCUUGGCACUUAUUGAUAUUUUAUGUGUUCAUUAUGCAGAAUUCUAUUUAGUUUAAUCACUACUUUGUGGUGGGGGGAAAGUCAUGCAUACAUAACAUGCAUCUUUGUUCUCACUUUAUUUCCUAGCAUCACUCUUCUAUAAGCAGCACAUGCAAUCUUAAAACCCAAGCUAGCUUAAUUCAUAAGUUGCCAGACUUAUUCUUUAGUUGUUCAAAUUCAAAAGGCCUUUUUUUUUCAUCAAUUUCCUAUAUCAUUUCAGGAAUUAGCUCAAAUUUUCAAUGUUAAUAUGAAACUUUUUACAUUUAGGACAAAAAAGGAAAUUGUAAAAUGUUAUUGAUAUUAUAGUAUGAAAGUGGAUUCUGAAUGAUGUGUUAAUAUAGUAUUCUAAUUGUUUGUAUAAAUUGGAAGAGAUAUAUAACAAGAAUUUCUCAAGCCUUUUUUCCUAAUGUAUCUAAAACCUCAAAGCUUAGAUGUUUAGAGUAUCCCAAAUUUCUGCAAAAAGGAAAAACUAAAAGUGUAUUUUCUUAAGAUUAUUUUUCAUACUCUUCUAUUUACCCAACGUGGCGAAUUAUUACUUUUUAAAUAAGUAGAGAUUUAUAAUUUGGGCACAUCUCAGAAAAUGUUCUGUGUUCAUUUUGCAGGUGAAAAAUAUAUAGAAUUUUUAAUAGAAUCAUAAAUGAAAUGAUUACGAUUUGAGAACUCUAUCAUGAUAGGAAAAUUUAAACCCUUUCAAUACAAUCUUAGUUAAUGGAAGUAUUAACUUAUGCCAAUUGGGUUCUUCAAAAUAAAUAUCAAAGGUUUUCUUACCUGACAAUAAGAAAUGUAUCUAAAGGAAAAGUUGUUAAAUAACAGAUAUGAACUCUUGAAUACAGAGAAGGGAGCAGCUUAGUGAUAUGGGGUGGGGGAAGUACCUAAAUCAAAUCAUCUGAUUAUUUUCCCCCUUGAAUUACUGAUUUUCAGAUUGAUUAAAAAGAGUCUUUGUUAACGAUAUUCCACUUAACAUUUCAUAACCAGGUUAACCCAAGUAGAUUGGAGAUCCAUUCAAAAAUGACUUUCUAAAAGAACUAAAAUGUAAGCAAUUUUUCCAAAUAAUUUUAUCAACAAAGACAGAUAAUCUAAAUCGAAGCAGGAAGCCAUGCCAACCUUAUAUUCUCCCUGUCUCAUAAAAGAUUUGUCUGAACUAUCUGGAUAAUUACCAUAAUGAAACACUUCUUUGUCCAGAAUCUGGACUCCAGAUAGAUGCAGUAAAAGUUGCAUCCCCUUCCCCAAAAUAGCUUCUUUAUUAGAGUGGAGCACUGAGCUACUUUCUGCUUCAUAUUGCAAUGUUCCUUUGAAAUUCUUUACUGAAAAUUCUUCUCUACUAACAUUAAGUCAAUCAGGAUUCUUAGAACUCUCUCUUUUAAAUAGAAUGUCAGAUAAUUCCAAUUUCAAUGAAAAAUCUUUUGGAAUAGUUAAAAUCUGUUCUUAUCUGUUGUCUGUUCUUAUCUCUUUCUGGGAAGAAUCUGCUAUGUUAAGAUAUCUGUUGCAUGGGAGUUAUUAAAGCAUUUGUAUAGAUUAGAUGCCAACUGAUGCAGCAAAAUAUUCAAUAAUUUAAAAAUUCUAUAUAGUUUUUCAUAUUAAAGAGGACUUUAUAGGAAUAGAGUAUGUGUAUUUGAUCAAUAAUAAUUUGGGUUCAAAGUCUACAUCAGUAUUUUUUUUAUUCUUGCUGAUAUUGAUAUUUACCAGUGCUGAUCAAAAGGUUUCAUAUUGCCUAGUUAAAUCAGAAUUAACCUUAAAAAAUUGUGAGAAUCAAUUAUAAUCAUAGCUGAAACAUUAUGGCUUAGUACAUAUUUUGAGAAAUUUAGGAGUUUUUGAAAAUCUUAAUGGAGAAGACAACAUUCAUGAUAAAGUCAUUCCAUAGCAUCCUUUAAAUUCUGAAUUGGAAAACCAUGGAAACACUUAGAAAAAUGUUUUCAAGUGAUUUAGUUUACAUUAUGGUCAUUUGAUAGAGCAUUUUCUUAUGUGGUGAACAUAUCAGUGUGUGUGUGUGUGUGUGUGUGUGUGUGUCUUGUUUGUGAAACAUGAUGUUAUUAAAGUACUGUCAACCAGUUAUUAUUUAUCUUGCCUAUAGCCUCCAUGGGUUAUGGUCCCAAUGUAUACUAUCACUCUAUCUUUAUUUCUAAGUUUAGGUCUAAACUUUAUAGAGAUAUAUAUUUAUUUGUUCCUAUUAAUAUGAUGUCUUUCUGGAUUAAAUCACUUUCUCUACUUUUUCUCAUUUGUUUUGUUCUAUGUAUUAUGUCUCAGCUAGACAUUUUACAAUAAGACCCCAAAAGUGUUUAAAUUUUAUUAGCCCCAAAUAGAAAGGAAUCAUGAUUUAAUUUUAAAAUGUGAAGCAAUUGAAAGAUAAUUUCAAAAAAAUCAGUUUAGUUUGGUGAAUUUGAAGAGAGUUACAGGAUUAUCUUGUUCUUAGCAGACUGGAUGAGCAUGUUUAAUUAACACUUAUUCUCCACUGAAGAUGAAAGUAUCAUGUCUCUCCACCUUAGAAAGAGCAGGGCCCUCCUCUUGGCUCUGGCAUGAGGCAGGGAUGCAGCUGUUGAUACCUAGGCUGGAUGAGAGGACCUGCAGAUGAUACAGGUGAUAUUAAAAAGAAAAGGAUUUGCACACAGAAAGAAAAGAGGGUCCCGGGAUUCUUGAGCUGUGCCCAGCUGACGAGCUUUUGAAGAUGGCACAAUAACCGUCCAGUGAUGCCUGACCAUGACAGCACAGCCCUCUUAAGCCGGCAAACCAAGAGGAGAAGAGUUGACAUUGGAGUGAAAAGGACGGUAGGGACAGCAUCUGCAUUUUUUGCUAAGGCAAGAGCAACGUUUUUUAGUGCCAUGAAUCCCCAAGGUUCUGAGCAGGAUGUUGAGUAUUCAGUGGUGCAGCAUGCAGAUGGGGAAAAGUCAAAUGUACUCCGCAAGCUGCUGAAGAGGGCGAACUCGUAUGAAGAUGCCAUGAUGCCUUUUCCAGGAGCAACCAUAAUUUCCCAGCUGUUGAAAAAUAACAUGAACAAAAAUGGUGGCACGGAGCCCAGUUUCCAAGCCAGCGGUCUCUCUAGUACAGGCUCCGAAGUACAUCAGGAGGAUAUAUGCAGCAACUCUUCAAGAGACAGCCCCCCAGAGUGUCUUUCCCCUUUUGGCAGGCCUACUAUGAGCCAGUUUGAUAUGGAUCGCUUAUGUGAUGAGCACCUGAGAGCAAAGCGUGCCCGGGUUGAGAAUAUAAUUCGGGGUAUGAGCCAUUCCCCCAGUGUGGCAUUAAGGGGCAAUGAAAAUGAAAGAGAGAUGGCCCCGCAGUCUGUGAGUCCCCGAGAAAGUUACAGAGAAAACAAACGCAAGCAAAAGCUGCCCCAGCAGCAGCAACAGAGUUUCCAGCAGCUGGUUUCAGCCCGAAAAGAACAGAAGCGAGAGGAGCGCCGACAGCUGAAACAGCAGCUGGAGGACAUGCAGAAACAGCUGCGCCAGCUGCAGGAAAAGUUCUACCAAAUCUAUGACAGCACUGAUUCUGAAAAUGAUGAAGAUGGUAACCUGUCUGAAGACAGCAUGCGCUCCGAGAUCCUGGAGGCGCGGGCCCAGGACUCGGUCGGGAGGUCCGACAACGAGAUGUGUGAGCUGGACCCAGGUCAGUUCAUCGACCGGGCUCGAGCCCUGAUCAGAGAGCAGGAGCUGGCUGACAACAAGCCCAAGCGAGAAGGCAACAACAAAGAAAGAGACCACGGGCCAAACUCCUUACAACCCGAAGGCAAACAUUUGGCCGAGACCUUGAAACAGGAACUGAACACUGCCAUGUCACAAGUUGUGGACACAGUGGUCAAAGUAUUUUCGGCCAAGCCUUCCCGCCAGGUUCCUCAGGUCUUCCCACCUCUCCAGAUCCCCCAGGCCAGAUUUGCAGUCAACGGGGAAAAUCACAAUUUCCACACCGCCAACCAGCGCCUGCAGUGCUUUGGCGACGUCAUCAUUCCGAACCCCCUGGACACCUUUGGCAACGUGCAGAUGCCCAGUUCCACAGACCAGACAGAAGCACUGCCCCUGGUUGUCCGCAAAAACUCAUCUGACCAGUCUGCCUCCGGCCCGGCCGCUGGCGGCCACCACCAGCCCCUGCACCAGUCACCUCUCUCUGCCACCGCAGGCUUCACCACCUCCACUUUCCGCCAUCCCUUCCCCCUUCCCUUGAUGGCCUACCCAUUUCAGAGUCCAUUAGGUGCUCCCUCUGGCUCCUUCUCUGGAAAAGACAGAGCCUCUCCUGAAUCCUUAGACUUAACUAGGGAUACCACGAGUCUGAGGACCAAGAUGUCAUCCCACCAUCUGAGCCACCAUCCUUGUUCACCAGCACACCCACCCAGCACCGCCGAAGGGCUCUCCUUGUCGCUCAUAAAGUCUGAGUGUGGCGAUCUGCAAGACAUGUCCGAAAUCUCACCUUAUUCGGGAAGUGCAAUGCAGGAAGGAUUGUCACCCAAUCACUUGAAAAAAGCAAAGCUCAUGUUCUUUUAUACCCGUUACCCCAGCUCCAAUAUGCUGAAGACCUACUUCUCCGAUGUAAAGUUCAACAGAUGCAUUACCUCUCAGCUCAUCAAGUGGUUUAGCAAUUUCCGUGAGUUCUACUACAUUCAGAUGGAGAAGUAUGCACGUCAAGCCAUCAACGAUGGGGUCACCAGUACAGAGGAGCUGUCUAUAACCAGAGACUGUGAGCUGUACAGGGCUCUGAACAUGCACUACAAUAAAGCAAAUGACUUUGAGCAGGUUCCAGAGAGAUUCCUGGAAGUUGCGCAGAUCACAUUACGGGAGUUUUUCAAUGCCAUUAUCGCAGGCAAAGAUGUUGAUCCUUCCUGGAAGAAGGCCAUAUACAAGGUCAUCUGCAAGCUGGAUAGUGAAGUCCCUGAGAUUUUCAAAUCCCCAAACUGCCUACAAGAGCUGCUUCAUGAGUAGAAACUUCAACAACUCUUUUUGAAUGUAUGAAUAGUAGCAGUCCCCUUUGGAUGUCCAACUUAUGUGUCUAGAUUUUGAUUUCAUAUAUAUGUGUAUGGGAGGCAUGGAUAUGUUAUGAAAUCAGCUGGUAAUUCCUCCUCAUCAUCAUCUCUCUCAUUUCCUUUUGUUUUCCACAAUGAGGGGAUGGUUAUUUUUCCUUCCGCCUUUAGUUUACUUUUGCCCACGGCCCUUAACAUUUGGAGACUUAACAUAGGGUUAAUUUUCAGGGAAAAAGAAUGUUGGCGCGUGUAAAGUCUACAUUAGCAAGGAAGGGCAUUUGUUAAAGAUGCACCCGCUGGAUUGGUGGCUUAUUGCAAAUGGCGGUUGGCUGAGGUAAACCAUGACACAGCACAGCUCUACUGACAUUGAUGUGUCUCUUGUUUUUCAUUGUUAAGAAGGUCUGGAAACUCAAUGAAACCACUUCAUACACUGAAGUAUUUUGUUUGGUUUGAACUCAGUAAGUAGCUUUUUCUUAUGUGUUUAAAAAUAAUCCCAAUGACAGAUGAGCAGCUCACUUUUCAAAAAUACCCCAACAGUCCAAAUUAAAAAAGAAAAAAAUAAUCACUGUCGGUCUUUACCUAAGAGCAAUGGCAAACACCCCCAAACUAGUACCAGUUUCUAAUGGAGGCAAAGCAAUUUUGUACAAAACUAACUCUUUCAAGAUAAGACUGGAAUCACACAUGAUCUUUUAGCCACCUCUGUCAACUUUAUAAUAGGUUCUUCACAAUAAGUGAGCUUAGAUCACUCUUCAUAGAGAAAAGCCCUAUAACUUGUUAUCAUUUUCUAUUUAUUUUGCUUCAGAUAUUAAAAGGCACAUAAGCUUCAAAUAUAUUCUUUGCUUGACUUUGUUUAUAUGCUUAAAAGAAUUAUUAUUUGUUUAAUCAACUCUUUUUUUUUUCUAAGACACUAUACCUUUCUACAGUAAGGAAUAAAAGAAAUCCCAAUGGACCAUAAAAUCCUUGCCUACACUACAAGUUUGUUGACAGCUGUCAGCUGACUUGAUCUUUGCCUCCUAAGAGGAGGACGUGUGAGAAUGACCUGUUUCCAUAUAUACAGCUCUACACUACCCUGAUGGGUAUUCAAAGUGGCGACAGUCUAAGUGUUUUUUUUUUCAUUUUAGGUAUAACGUUUGAAAGCAAUUGAUAAUGUCUCUUCUAAGUCAGAAGCUAGGAUUGACCAAAAUGUGAGAAUAGUGUAUAGCGUAGGAAAAUUUGGGGUUAACCCAAAAGACACAAUUUCAGCACACCUAAGAAAGCUAGCUGCUAUUUUAAGCUUUCUUCAAUGAUUCUCCUCUUUUUUCUUUCUUUUCUUUUUUUUUCCCAGUUUUUUCAGUGAUGUACAAUGUCCCAUACGUGCAUUUAAAAAAAAAAUCUAACAGCAUUCACACUUGUUUUCUUAGAUGAAUUUUCGUGUGUGGAUGGAGUCAAAUUCAUGAUUCAUUCUAAUGGCGUUUUCCAGGCCCCUCCUUCCCCUUAGAUAAUUUGAUAUACACCUCCUAAAAUGACACAGUAACAAAUCUGGUAUUUAAAACAUACAGAACAUAAAUGCCAUUUCCCUUAAUUUUUAUAAAAAUCAUAUUUGACUUUGGAGACUGCAGGUUGACCCAUGUGACUGACUAGCUGACCCGUUCACUGUAAUUUAACAUCAUUUAUAAAUUCUGCUGAUGGACAGGAAUGUAUGAACACAAUUAUUGUCAGCACAAAGCCUUAAAACCUGCUGACUUUAAAUUAAAUGGUGCAGUCCUGUGAUGCCGGGCAUCAUUCAGGAGACUCACAGGCCCUCACAGUGUGGACAGAGUGUGCUGCGGUUGGGGCUGGUGCGCCAACCCUUUCGCUAAGCCCCCACGGUCGCACACAUCUAUCUCCCAGCUCACACCCUCACACUCAUGCACACUGAAUCAUUAGGAUCCAAUUUGUCAUUUUUUUUUUUUUGGCUUGCUUAAAAAGAAAAAAAAAGUUUGGAUAAUCAUUAUAUUGGAAUAAAAGUCUAGGGGGAAAAAAAAAGAUUCCAAUCAGCACAAGUAGAGAAGCCAUCUGAAUUUGCUUCAUAGGGAAGAGUCUGACAUUCGUUGUUCAUGUCAGCAUGCAACUGGUCUUUGCUGUUCCGGGUAAUUCCUAACAUCAACGUUGUGUUGCCCUGUGCAAGGUAAAGGGCAAAACGGCAGAGCAGUGGUUCACCUGGGUAGACAGAUGACUAGGUGUCUUAAUCUGGGGCAAGUGAAAUAUUGAUUCCAGACUUAUUUGGAGUUUUCAUAUUAUUAUCCCCUGCCUUUCUAAUUUAGAUAGAUAAAUUAAGUAAAAGUGUGUGUUUACAACCUAGUGUCGAUGCACUUACAGCACUGAGAAUAUCCCCUCAGUGUUUACCGAGGCACAGAAAUGAUUUCAGAGUCAAAAUUGCAGCUUGAGGAUAAACUCACCUCUUUGUUCUGAAAACAGAACUCGACCACUCUGCUUUUCAGAUAGUUUUCCCCCUUUUACAAUCUUGUGCCUCCGAGUGCAUUGGAAAGUGAUAAAAACCUGUCUCUCAAAAACUCCUAUUUAACAGUUACUUGAAAAACAAAAAUCACCAACUUUCAAAUCUUAACUCUCACCACCUGAAAAUUGGGUCCAUGGGAGAAAGUUGACUUUCCGCGGUGGGAGGGUGAAGGAUGAGGGACAGUUUACACAGGAGAGAAAAAAAAAAAAAGAGUCUAAAGUCCAUGUUGAAAUUCCACAUUACACUUAUUUUCUGCUAAUUCUAAAUUAGUUUUACGUGUACACUUGAGGUUAUAGUCUGUGCCUAGAUCUAAAUGCACCAGCGGGGGGAUUUUUAAAAAUCCUUCAAAAUACCAGUUUUUUCCCACAAGUACAAUUGUUCUUGUGCCUUCUGUGGCUUUCGAUUUCAUCUUUUUGACUUUAUUUCCAAUUACUACAGCUGCAAUAAACACUAGAUUUUUUUUCUGGCUGUUUGACGUAAUGUUGAUAGCUAUGCAUAUUUUGUGUCUUUUUAAAACAAAGCGGGAGAAUACGUUUUUGAAGAAGAGAAUUUUUAGAACAGUUUGAUACCGCAAAUUAUUUUUUUCCUCAAUUGUUUGAGCAGCAUUCGAGUUUUGAAAAUUCUUGUAGAAGCCAAUUUUUUGUAACUGUGGUGCAAAUCUUGUGUUUUCUUAGCCUAAUGAAAAGUAGUAUAGAAGCAAUAUUUCAUACCAUGUGCUAUGUAUGUGUGUGCAGAUGUGUGAAUAUAAAAACACAUACACACAUAUACACACAUGUAAAAAUAUACAUAUAUAUAUUCGUGUGAAGUGGAAAGCUUACCUUUUCCUAUCUAGAUUUAAGAACCUAUUUUAGACAUUUGUUAUGUUUUGUGAAAAGAAUGUUCUAUUUGCAACAACAAAACAUUUAAUUCUUACUGUCUCUCUGGCUGUUUAAAUGAGGACGUUUCACAUUAAAUGGUAAAACACGUGGAAGAUGUUAGAAUGUAGUAAUUAUUUAAGUAAAUGUUCACCCACAUACUCCUGAAGUUUGCUUUGUGCCUCCGAGUAUUAUUUAAUUAAAGUGUUUUAUGUUUGCAGAAUCUUUGUUACUGUACUAGGGAUGUGGGUGAAUAUCAUUUAAAAAAAAUUUAAAGCAACAAACAGACAAAUAAAAAAAAGCAAAAUGGAAACACUAAAGCAAGAGGGGAACUUUUAUAAAGCAAUGUAAAUAUUUAACCUCAUGGCUGCUGUUACGUAAGACAUGAGAUUUUAAUAAAUAACUACAUUCUCACAACAUCUGUUGAAUUUAUUAGGAAUACUACAGUGACUGUAUAGACAGUUGAAAGCAUUCUUGAAAAUCCUGCUCUCUACUUUUAAAAGAUAACAGUCUCUUUUAUCAGAUGUCAAGGGCAAGGGUAAUGCAGUUUCUGUAAAUUUAUGAAGUUUCUUUUCUAUGUACAUGAAGACAUUUAGUAAGAACCCCCUCCAUACACACACACACACACACACACACAUAUGCAGGUGAAUAUUGAGUCAUAAAGCUAAAGAUUUGGGAGCUUUCAAAAUAGGAUGUCCCCUAGAAGCAGUCAUCAAUUCAUCAAAGACAAAGUGGUUUACAGACUCCCCUUAAAAAAAGCAGUGUAUAUGUGAGGACAGUGCAAAACCUCUUUGCCAUGUAUAUUAUAGAGUAUUCAUUGGUGUGAAUAGUACAAAUGUUUCCUUCUGGUACAAACUCUGUGUUUGCAAAUUACAAGAAGCAUUGUUUUCAAAAAGCUCCCCUUUAAAAAAAAUGUAACUGGUUGAUAUGAGUAAGCAGUUACUGUUUUGCACUUAAAUGUUAUGUUGAAGGAAAUGCAGUUUUGUUUUCUGUAGAUCUGUUGGUUAUGAACCAUCUAUAAAACUCAAGCUAAAAUGCUCAUAUUCUGAGCUGGGAUCAAAACUGGUAUUUAAGCUUUGCAUCUUCUUAUAAUUAUCCUUCUAAGAAUAUAACAGAAUGUGGAAGCGUCUGGACUUUGAGUCUUUUCAACUGAGCCCUCUCUUAAAUCAGACACCCCCUAAAAUGCACAAACAAGAGCAGAAAGGCAAAUGAGCUAGACUUCCUUGGGGAAGAUGGAUUCAUUCUGUAUUUUUUAAAUAUUCAAGUCCUCUAUAUAGGGGGAUAAAAAUUCAAAAUUGUAUAUUACCACUUUAAAUUUAGAACUAGAAAAAAAAAUGUAUUUGGGGUUGGUCUCAGCACUACCUAGAAGAAUCAAAGGUCAUGGCUUCCCCCAAUAUUGUCCCAGCCAUUCUCAUAUGUAUAUAGUAUAAACCGUGACAAAACACUGCCUUUAUAUUAUUUAGCAAUAUGUUGUAAAUAGCAUUAUGAAGCUCUUUUUUUUUGUAAUAAAGACCCUUUGAUUUGAAUAUAGUACAAUAACUGAACUGAUAAAGUCAAUUUUUGAUUUUUUUUUUAGCUAGAGGCAAUUUCAAUUGUGGAUUUUUGUUAUUGUCUAUUGUUCUGAAGACUUUGCAUAAUUUAUUGGUUUAAUUUAUCCUAAUUUAUUUGAUGAAGGUGUACAAUUUUGUAUUACCAAGGAUGUACUGUAAUAUUAAUUGAUAUGAUAAAACAAUGAGACUCCCUGUCCAUAUUAAAAAGAAAAUUAAAAGGUGCAGUAGACAAUUGAUUUUAAAGUAAAAGUAAAAAAUUUAGUUUGGCAGCUACUAAAUUUUAAAACAGGAAAAAAAAUAAGUUGUUGUGGGGAGGGAGGGAGGGAGGGGGUUUUACUUUGUGUGUUUUAAGCUUUUGUAUUCUCUCCAAACUUUUACCUUUUGCUUUGUACCACUUAAAGGAUACAGUAGUCCAAUUGCCUUGUGUGCCUUCCAUCUUCUCUUAAACUGAAUGUAUGUGCAGUAUAUAUGCAAGCUUGUGCAAAAUAAAAUAUACAUUACAAGCUCA